UGUCGGCAAAAUUUUUCUUCUCUUCUGAUUCUGACACGUGUCAUUUUCACGGCUACAAUGCAGCGUCGUGGCGGGUCGGGUCUGGCAUUCGGGUUGUGGGUGAUGGUUUUGUUGGAGUUCGUGACUGCGGCGGUGAUGUCGGCGGAGGUGGCACGUCAUUUGGACCUACAUUGGCUCCCCGCCACCGCUACCUGGUACGGUAGUCCCGAAGGUGACGGCAGUGACGGGGGUGCGUGCGGGUACGGAUCGAUGGUGGAUGUUCGGCCGAUGAGAGCUCGAGUAGGAGCGGUGAGUCCGGUGCUGUUCAAGGACGGAGAAGGGUGUGGAGCGUGCUACAAGGUUCGUUGUAAUGAUAGGAGUAUUUGCUCGAGGAGGGCGGUGACGAUCAUUGUGACGGACGAGUGUCCUGGUGGAUACUGCGCUAAUGGCCGGUCUCAUUUCGACCUGAGCGGCGCAGCUUUCGGUCGGUUGGCGAUCACCGGCGAAGGUGGUCAGCUCCGAAACCGAGGCGAGAUCCCUGUCGUUUAUAGACGGACGCCAUGUAAGUAUCCAGGGAGGAAUAUUGCAUUCCAUGUAAACGAAGGUUCCACAGAUUACUGGCUUUCAAUUCUCGUGGAAUUUGAAGAUGGAGAUGGGGAUGUUGGGUCAAUGCAUAUAAGGGAAGCAGGGUCAAGUGAGUGGUUAGAGAUGAAGCAUCUAUGGGGAGCAAACUGGUGCAUAAUUAGGGGACCUUUAAGGGGGCCAUUCUCUGUGAAGCUAACAACACUAUCCACAGGAGAAACACUCUCUGCAAGGGAUGUUAUCCCAAGAAAUUGGUCUCCAAAAGCUACUUACCCCUCUCGCCUUAAUUUCUUCCACUAUUAACCUCACUACUCCACACACACACACACACUAUAUAUAUAUAUAUAUAUAUAUUAUAAUAUAUUAUGUCACAUACAAAACUAGCCGUUAUCUCUUUGGUGGGUUUCUUCUUGAAUCUAAUUUUUCUUAGAGAAAAUUAGUAGCCGUUGGAUUGAAAAUUAGCAUCCAAGGGUACUUUCUUUCUUAUAUAGUUUGUGUUUUCUGUAAUGUGUGUAAGCAAGUGCCCCUCGAGGGCUGGCUGCUGUAGCCCUCUCCAAAGGGAGAGAGAGCGUAAAAUGUAUUGGCUGUGUGGUUUAAUCCAUUUAUACCAUUUUAUGUAACAGACUCUUUC